GGCGACGCAGCUGUGUAGUAAAGGUGCAGCUGGUGUGUCCGGGUCGCUCGGGGGUUUCCUGCGCCGCCCCCAAUGCGGACUGCUGGCCGUUGAAGAGCACCGACUCCGGUUUGGUGGUUCGCGUCUCCGGUCCAUCCGCCAUGCCGACUGUUCUUUGUUACAUUUUACUGAAGAGGAGCCGCUCAGAUCGGAGUUAAAACCCGGCUAGAGUGUGGGAACAACUCAAAUCCUGGAUCCCAUCUCCAGCACGGAAUGCAUACGUUAAUGUGCAUGCUCCAACCGUAUCGCCUAAAACCAGAACCCAGUUAAUGUUGUCAUAAUACGCCACCGUUUAGUCAGGAGGUCUGAUGCACGCAUGCAAUACAGCUGAAGUGUCCCAGGUUAAAUGUUGGCAUAAUGGCUGAGCAGACGCCAGAUGAGUUCAUCUGGUGUGAGGACUGUGGCCAGUACCAUGACUCCGAGUGUCCUGAGCUGGGGCCCCUGGUGACUGUCCAGGACUCCUUCGUCCUUAGCCGGGCCCGGUCGUCUCUACCAAACAGCCUGGAGAUCCGACAGGUGGCUGACGGCCACGAGGGGGUGUUUGUUCUGCGCCGGCUGGUCAAGAGGACCCGCUUUGGGCCCUUUGAGGCUAAGAGGGUCCCCCACCUGGAGAAGGAAGGAGCCUUCCCUCUUAAGAUCUUCCAGAAGGAUGCCGUGGUGGUGUGUUUUGACUCCAGCAGCGAAGAAGACUGCAACUGGAUGAUGCUGGUGCGACCUGCCACCGACCACAAACACCAGAACCUGACGGCCUACCAGCAGGACGAGGACGUGUACUUCAACACCUCCCAGGAUGUGCUCCCAGGAACAGAGCUGAGAGUCUGGUACGGCGCGUUCUAUGCCAAGAAGAUGGAGAAGCCCAUGCUUAAGCCUCCACUUCAAGCAGCACUUCCCCUAGAGGUGACAGAGACCUCGGAGAAACCUGGAGCCCACAUGCCCCCAGUGGCAGAAGAAAACAAUGCAGGCAACAUGCCGAGUCAUGGCGACGAGGUGAAGACGGCAACAGUGCUUCCGGUCGACCCACUCCUGCCCCAAGAGGAGAGCCUGGUCGGCCUGGGUGAGGAGCAGGGCGACCCCCCCGCAGCUCAACCGGGCCCCAAGAGAGGGCCGGGCCGGGGGAGGCGAGCUAAGGGACGCAGGCCCGGAGCUACAGCCACCGCCAGCAAAAACAAAGAUGUGAAGCCCUCGGUGGAGAGCUCCAAGCCGGCGGCCCCAGAGGCAACAGCAGCAGCAGCAGCAGCAGCAGGGAGCAGCAGCCUGCGGAGCACCGCUGACGGCGGGGCCGUCCCCAAGAGACACAAAGCCAGAGAGCACAAGAGGGUGUACCGCUGCUCCCUCUGCAACAAGGUCUUCCAGAACAGCAGCAACCUCAACAGACACAUCCGAUCGCAUGGUGAUAAGCUGUUCAAAUGCGAUGAGUGUGACAAGUUGUUCAGCCGCAAGGAGAGUCUAAAGCAGCACAUCUCUUACAAGCACAGCAAGAACAUGCCUGACCAGGACUACAAAUAUAAAUGCAACACGUGUGAGAAAUCCUUUCGCCUGGAAAAUGCCUUAAAGUUCCACAACUGUCGGACAGACGACAAGACGUUCCAGUGCGACAUCUGCUCGCGGUUUUUCUCCACCAACAGUAACCUUUCCAAGCACAAGAAGAAGCACGGCGAGAAGCUCUACUCCUGUGAAAUCUGCAACAAGAUGUUCUACCGCAAAGAUGUGAUGCAGGAGCACCACAGGAGGCACGGUGUGGGACCAAAGCACAUGAAGAGAGAGGAGCUGGAGGUCAACGGAGAAGAGGGGAGCAGGUACAGGAAGGAGCCGUCCCCCUGUCCCAUCUGUGGCAAGGUGUUCUCCUGCAGGAGCAACAUGAACAAGCAUCUGUUGACUCACGGCGAUAAGAAGUACACCUGUGAAAUCUGCGCUCGCAAGUUCUUCCGCGUGGACGUCCUCCGAGAUCACAUUCACGUUCACUUCAAGGACAUCGCCUUAAUGGACGAGCAGGAGAGAGAGGCCUUCAUCAACAAGAUUGGCAUUUCAGCAGACGACAGCGACGAAACGGACGACGACGAAGAGGAAGACGAUCCCGAGCACCACAAGUACAACUGCAAGAAAUGCCAACUGUCAUUUGCGAAGGGCAAAGAGUACCUGAAGCACAUCAUGGAGCAGCACAAGGAGAGGGGCUACGGCUGCGGGAUCUGUAACCGACGUUUCGCACUGAAGGCCACGUACAAUGCUCACCUGGUGAUCCACAGAGAGCAGCUGCCUGACCCUGCAGUGCAGAAGUACAUCCAUCCAUGUGAAAUUUGUGGCCGGAUCUUCAAUAGUAUUGGUAACCUGGAAAGGCACAAGAUCAUCCACACUGGGGUGAAGAGCCACGGCUGUGAUAAGUGUGGCAAAUCCUUUGCAAGAAAGGACAUGCUGAAGGAGCACCUGAGGGUUCACGAUGACAUCCGGGACUUCCUGUGUGCAGAGUGCGGGAAAGGCAUGAAGACCAAGCACGCUCUGAGGCACCACAUGAAGCUUCACAAGGGCAUCAAAGAGUACGAGUGCAAGGAGUGUAACCGCAAGUUUGCCCAGAAGGUCAACAUGCUGAAGCACUACAAGAGACAUACGGGUAUAAAGGACUUCAUGUGUGAGCUGUGUGGAAAGACGUUCAGUGAGAGGACGACUCUAGAAACGCACAAACUCAUCCACACAGUGGGUAAGACGUGGACGUGUGCGACAUGCGAUAAGAAGUACCUGACAGAGUACAUGCUGCAGAAGCACGUCCACCUCACUCACGAGAAGGUGGAGGCCCAGUCGUGUCACCUCUGCGGGACCAAAGUGUCCACCCGCGCUUCCAUGAACCGACAUCUGCGACGCAAACACCCCGAGGUGGUGUCUGUCAGAAUGGAUGAGUUUGAUGAACUUCAGGAGGCCUCGACAAUCACAAUCAAUGAUUCGUCUAUCAGCAUUGUGCAGCCCACUCUGAUCCUGGAUAAAGACGGCGUGGCUCAGGAGAGGCCCAGCCGGCUGCCCCGACACCCCAAGAAGAAGCAGAGGGUCCCAGCUGAGCCGGAGCUUUCCGAGUCAGACGAAUACGUGGACUUCCCCGAGCCGAGGCACGAGCCCAUGACCGAAUUCAACGCUGUCAUCGUCGGCGACGAGCACGAGACCAGCUCCGCUGUGCAGAGUAUCCAACAGGUGGUGGUCCUGGCCGACCCCGGCACUCCGUCAUCCUCCUCCCCCAGCAGCUCGGUGGGGCUGACCAACAUCACGGUCACGCCCAUCACCAGCCACGCCCCCGCACAGUUCACCAGCCUGCAGCCCGUGGCCGUGGGCCAGCUGACUGCCAGCGACCGGCCCCUCACCCUGGACAACUCCAUCCUCACCGUGACCUUCGACGCCGUCAGCGGCUCGGCCAUGCUCCACAACCGGCCGGCCGAACUCGUCCCGGAGACGGUGGGUCCCGGCGGGGGCGCGGCGCCCCAGUCGGUCGCCCACUUCAUCAACGUCACCACUCUGGUCAACCCCAUGGGCCACCAGCUGGAGGCCCCGACUCUGUCCUGGAGGCCCGUACCGGCGGCUGAAGGCAGCCAGGUCACCCCCGUGGUGGAGGGGGCUCAGAGGGAGAGUCAGGAGGUCCAGAGUCAGGGCCCGGAGCCGGGACAUCCCAUCCAGAGCCAGCCCCCCACCCCGCAGCAGCAGCAGCAGCAACAGCAACAUGGCGGCUCUGCACAGCAGAUGUUCAGCUACUAGAGCAGAGACCAGAGGUGCUGGUCACCUCACACUCACACACUGUAAUAUAGUAGAGUAGAUUUUAUCUUUAUCUGUAAUCGUGUAAACUUUGAUCACUGUCACCCUGAUGCCUCUCCAGCCCCAUGGAAGUGAAUGAAAUUGUAAAGAUUUUUUCUUUUCUUUUUUUAUACUGACAAAACACAAUGUUUGUUAAUAAUUAACAUCAUAAUUUAAAAAGAAAAAGACACUCCUCUGGAAGAUUUACAUUUCAAACCAAAGCAACAUGUUGAAUAUUCAAACGCCUUACCAACCUUUUUU